CACAGUUGCUACUUCCGCUAGAAAGGUGAGUAGAACUCAGCAAUAUUUUCGGAUUUUACAAAUUCAGUGUUCUAUUGCUAGCAGCAGGAUGCAGCAGAGCUUCACACACAUAGAAGCCAUUGAGGUACUGAACGUUGAUCCACCGUUAUACGAUGAUCUACCAUCAUACGAUGAUCCACCGUCAUACGAUGAAGUCAUGGGAUAUUCAUCGGCUUUUGAGAAUCCUACGACAUCUGAACAUACCGCACUGCCAGAAUAUCCACCACUUCCAUAUACACUACAACCCAUACACUCAUCACAACCAACACGACCUGGUUACCAGUCACAACCACCAGUACCCGAACACCCGUCACUACCGCCAUUUGAUUACAAUUUAGAUUUUUCAGAGCAACAACGACAGACUAAUGCUAUACAAUACAGGCAACCAGACGGAUAUAAAGAUAAGAUGUUAUCAGCAUCUGUCUCUAUUUUCUUCUUUUUCCCAACAGGCAUUGCUGCUUUCGUAUGUUCAUAUAUAGCACAAAAAAUGGUCGAAGCAGGUAAUAAGUAGGCGCACUGAAAGCAACCACUAUUGCAGGACGAUUAGUCAAAGUUUCACUAUUUCUUGGUAGCCUCGGUCUUUGUGCAAUCUUUGCAUACCAUAUUUACUGUCAAUCAAGCAACGGAUGUUAAAAUUCAUAUUAAUCGAAACGGUUUUCUUUUUAAUUAUUCAUGUUUAAUUCAAAUCAUAUAAAAUUUUCUUAGCAAAAAUUAUUUAAAUAUUGAGAACUUGAACCGUCGAAUGAUAUAUUCCAUAAUAAAUUAUAUAAUUUCAACAAUUAAACAAUGAUACUCUACAGCCCCACGUUAAUGGCAAGAACCAAUAAAGGAGUAAAACUACGAAAGUAUACCAUUCCUUCCGUCCCAUUUAAGCAUUAGGUAAUGUUGUUGCAUUUUCUUGUUACUUUAAUGCUCUAUAUCAUUAUCUCAGGAAUAUCAAAGUUUAAAAUCAUUUUUCAAAAAUAAAUGUUAAACGAACAAA